CAUCAUCUUCCAAACCUCCAAAGAUUUCAACUGAAAACUUCCAAGCCCUGCUUUUUAAUUUGUUUCAAAAACAAUCACAGAACUUGUUCCCUCAAGCAUCCUAUCCAGAGCCGAUACAAACCUGCCCAAGAUGACUGCCACUCUCACCGUUCUCUACCCCAACGUGGCCGGCGCCAAGUACAACUUCGACUACUACAUCAACAGCCACAUGCCCCUGGCCGCCGCCAAGUGGAAGCCGUCGGGUUGCCUGAGCUGGACCGUCGCCAAGUACCAGCCGGGACCGGACGGCGCGCCGCCCAAGUACGCCUUCGCCGGCCUGAUCCGCUUCAGCAGUCUCGAGGCCAUCCACAAGGCCCUCGCCUCGCCCGCAACCCUCGAGCUCAUGGAGGACGUCCCGAACUACAGCAACCAGGAGCUGCAGUUCCUGAUGGCUGAGGACGCCGAGACCACGGCUGCGUAAGGGGGAGGGGAGGAGUUGU